AUGACUUUAUUUCAAAAUGUUUACAUUGUGGCGGCCAAGCGCACACCAUUUGGCAACUACGGCAGCAAGCUUAAAGAUAUCACAGCCACGGAGCUAUGCGCGCACGCAGCCAAGGCAACGCUAGCAGCUGCCAAGCUGGAUCCAACACUUGUAGAUACGGUGCAAGUGGGCAACGUAGCACAUACUUCUCCAGACGGUACCUACAUUGCGCGCCACGUGCAGUUAAUGGCUGGUAUCCCACAGGAUAAACCUGCGCUUACUGUCAACCGAUUGUGUGGUAGUGGCUUCCAGUCUGUUGUGGGCGGCAUGCAGGAAAUCCUUCUUGGCGACGCUGAAAUUGCGCUCUGUGGUGGUGCUGAGAACAUGUCACAGAGUCCGCUGGCCGUCUACGGCCACCAGGCACGUUUUGGCGUGAAACUGGGCGCCGGACUGAACCUGCAGGAUACGCUUUGGUCGGCGCUUACCGACUCUUAUUCUAAAACGCCCAUGGGCAUAACGGCCGAGAACCUAGCUGACAUGUAUAACAUUACACGUGAGGAAUGCGAUGCCUACGGGCUUCGAAGCCAGAAUCGCUGGGCUGAAGCGCAUGCUGCCGGCUGGUUUAGCAACGAGAUAGCGCCUAUAAAGGUGACAGUCGGACGGAAGAUCGAAGAGUUUGCUGUGGACGAUUCUCCCCGCACGGUAGACAUGGAAAAGCUGGCUAAGCUGAAGCCUUCAUUUAAAAAGGAUGGAGUAGUCACAGCAGGCAAUGCGUCUGGUAUCACAGAUGGUGCUGGUGCAGUCCUUAUUGCCAGUGAAGAUGCUGUGAAGAGGCACAAUCUGACACCCUUAGCGCGAAUUCUGAGCUAUCAGGUGUCAGGGGUAGACCCGACAAUUAUGGGAAUUGGCCCCGUACCCGCCAUUACGGGGGCAUUGAAGCGUGCAGGGCUUAAAAAGUCAGACAUUGACAUUUAUGAUAUAAAUGAGGCCUUUGCCGCUCAGUGGUUAGCCUGCGUCAAAGAGCUAGAGAUUGACCCGGAUAUCGUGAACCAAUGUGGCGGAGCUAUCGCUCUCGGACACCCACUGGGCGCUACGGGAUGUCGCAUCACGGGGCAUCUUGCACAUGGUUUGAAGCGCACAGGUAAGAAAUACGCGGUCGGAUCAGCUUGCAUAGGUGGCGGACAGGGAAUCGCGGUCGUGCUGGAGAAUGCAGCAUGA